UCUGUGGGGGAUGGGUUCGCUGUGUCUCCUCUGGAGUUAAAUCUCCCGUCUUUGGGUAUUCCCCUAAGUUAGAUUUCAAAAUGAUGCUGAUUAAAGUCAUAGCCACAUCUCCGAGAUCUAACGCCGUUUCAAGUCUGGCCAAAGUGAACAAAUGUUAAUUGAAUGUGAGGGGUUACCGCUCUCAGCCUGCAUUAGUAACCUAAACCUCUAGCCUGGUCAACUAAUGUCAGCUAGUUUUCUAACCUGUAAGAUAACUUAUUUUAAAUAUGUCAGAGAAUUGGUUACUUGGUACUUUCUUUUUUAUUGCAAUAACUAACGUAGCAGUUGAAAGUGCACUCACAGUCAGUCAAAGGCGAAGUUUAGUUUGGGGACCUGGAUUGGAGGCAAACAUAGUUCUUCCAGCUCGAUAUUUCUAUAUUCAGGCAGUAACAGAGGACAAUGCCAACUUUACUUCUUCACCAGGAGAAAAUACAUUUACAGUAAAUAUUUAUUCCCCUGGCGAGCAAUUUACUAGGAUUUGGACACAUGUGUUGGACCGGAAAGAUGGAUCGUUUCUUGUCAGAUACCGAAUGUAUUCAAGCUACAGAGGUUUGGUAAUUGAGGUUAAAUGCCAAGAUGAACAUGUUGCUCAGUCACCAUAUGUUUUAAAAGGCCACGUUUACCAUGAAUCAUGUGACUGUCCACAAGAAGAUGGAGCCACGUGGUACAAGGACAUGCACUGUCCACAGUCUUUUUCACAGAUACAGCGAGAUUUGGCCCAUUUUCCUUUCGUAGAUCCAGACAGAAUUUCUACAGAAAUUGAGAAAAGAUUUGGCCAAAGGCAAAGUCUGUGCCAUUACACAAUAAAAGACAACAAGGUUUAUGUAAAAACAUCUGGAGAACAUGUUGGUUUUCGAAUAUUCAUGGAUUCCAUUUUGCUGUCUCUGACCCGAAAAGUAAAAAUGCAAGAUGUAGAGUUCUUUGUAAACCUCGGAGACUGGCCUUUAGAAAAGAGAAAAACUACUGAGAAGCUUCACCCUAUUUUUUCCUGGUGUGGGUCAGAUAACACAAGAGAUAUUGUCAUGCCUACAUAUGACAUUACUGAUUCGGUUCUGGAAACUAUGGGACGAGUCAGUCUGGAUAUGAUGUCUGUUCAGGCCAACACUGGUCCUUCCUGGGAAAACAAAAAUUGUACAGCAUUUUGGAGAGGACGCGACAGCCGGAAGGAACGUCUAGAGCUUGUAAAACUCAGUAUCAAACAUCCUGAUUUGAUUGAUGCUGCAUUUACAAACUUUUUCUUUUUCCCUCAUAAUGAAAGUAUUUAUGGUCCGAUUGUAAAACACGUAUCAUUUUUUGAUUUUUUCCAGUACAAGUAUCAGAUCAACAUCGAUGGCACAGUGGCAGCAUAUAGGAUGCCUUAUUUGCUCGCAGGUGGCGGUCUUAUCCUAAAACAAGAUUCAGUCUACUAUGAACAUUUCUACAAUGACCUGCAACCAUGGGAGCAUUAUAUUCCAUUUAAGAAUGAUUUAAGUGACCUUCUGGAUAAGAUUCAGUGGGCAAAGUCUCAUGAUGAAGAGGCUAAGAUGAUUGCAAAAGCUGGGCAGGACUAUGCUAGGAACAAACUUAUGGCAGAUCACAUCUUCUGUUACUAUUAUAAACUUUUCCAGGAGUAUGCUGAUCUUCAGGUGAGUGAACCAAAGAUAAGAGAUGGUAUGGAACUGGUGGAGCAGCCAAAAGAUGACCUUUUCCCUUGUGUCUGCCAAAGAACAAAGGCCAAAGAUGAACUUUGACACCCAGUAAAGAAGAAUUUGACCUCAAAACUGAAGACAGGGCAGUGGAACAAUAUGGUGAUGUCGAUGUUAGUUUCCAAUUUGAACUGCAUGAAGAAACUGCAAUUCUGCAAUGCUUCGAGAUCCUAAGAGGGCUGUUAUGAAAAAAGCCACUACAAUUGGAAGAAGAUGCUUCACAGUUGCCUCAAGACUGUUACUCAGCUGAUUUUUUUAUUAAUACAUCUUGUAAGAUUUGUUUUGCUUUUAAAAAUUGUUCAUUUCAAAUUCAUUAAUGAUCAUUAGAUGUUGAGUGAAUGAGUAGAAAGGCACUAUGCCAAAAAUAAUUCAUAGACAUGAAUUUUGCAUCGUUGUGAUGCAAAACAACUUCAGGGCAAUAUUUUCCUAUUUUCUUUCCAAAGCCCUAUCAUAACAACCUGGACCUGUUCACUGUGGAUCUAUACAUUUAAAGUAAACAGCUGGAGAGAUAUAAAAGACUGGGAUAGUAAUUAGCUUGACUGUAUUAACUAAAAAUAAAUCAUGUUUAAAUGAGGCAUGUAUUUGAGUAUGCAAAUAUGUACAUUAUCUUUGGAAUUAACAUUUUAAUGUUAUUCUGAAAAACUGAUUUUAAAUAGGAUUGAACAAAAUACUGCAACAAAUGGUUCUAUUUAUAGUCAUGAGCAAUCAAAUUGUCUACUUUUAUCAUUUUCAGUCUAUUUUCAAAAUGUUUUGUCAACAUUUAUCUAUUUUUCAAGCCUUUUAAAUUAAACUCAAUACUUUGUUUCUUGUACUACCAAAUAUUACCUCACUACACUGUAUAGUUAUAUCUGGGAAUUAAUCAUGAACUAUUUUUGAUAUAAAUUCAUAUAAAUAUAUUAGCCUAAAUUUGGGUUAGUUACCAAAGCUCAUCAUAAUGUGCUACCAUGUCAAAAUGUCUCUGCAAAAGUUGAUUUUCAGUCGAUGCCUUUAGAAAUGAUGAUAAUUCACUGUUACAUAUCAUAAUAUGAUUUGAAGGUUGUUCCAGAUUGUAUUGAGGAAGUUUUCAUUAGUCUUUGGUAUCAUUUUUAAAAAGAAUCAAAUUGGACUAAUUCAUCAUCAAAAUGUUCACUUUACUUCUUUUCUUGAAAACUUGAAUCUAUUCAGCUAGCUUGAUGCUUCAUUAGUUCCUUUUCGAAUGACAUUCCAUUAAGAUAAUGAAGGUGUGCUUAAGCCUAGUUUGUAGCCUCAUGGAGAUUAAUAAGAAACGUUGCCACAAAGCAGUUCACAUUCCCAGUUUCCAAGGUGUUGACUUCCUUUAAUUGGCUGCUUUACCAGUGAGUGCCUGAAAUCGCUCUGCUGGAAUAACAGAGUUUGGUGGUUGUCAGGGGGAUAUGAAAACCAAAUUAGUCUAACAAUCAGAACCCUGAUUAUGCUUUACCAGUCUCUUUCAGUGACUGGUGAAUGAUGUGAAGAUUUAGAAAGAGACUCAUUAACAAAAGAAAUUGAAAAUUGUCAGAGGGACAUCCUCUAAUCUGCUUUGGUUGUCUGGAAUCGUUGAACAGAUUACUGGCAAAUGGAACCAAAGAUGUGGCAGCAAAACUGCCCUAGACUAUGUAUGGCUACUUAGAUAUCCAUUAUGAGAUAUUCCUCACAAUUUUCAAGUACUGGAAACAGCGUAAUACAGAUUUAUAGCAAUAGUAUUUUUUAUAGUUUAUGUUGCAUCACAAGAUACACCAAUCGUCUAUUUCAUAUGUUUAUGAAAUGUUAUUGUCUUAUAUAACUGAUACAAAGAAAUGUUUUGCAGACAGGUAGCUUAUUCUUUUUACUGGAUUGCAGUUUCAUUUUAUAGAAGGAUAGUCUGGCAUUUUUAAUCAUCUUUUAUACAUAUGCAUUUCCAUGAAUUACAAUAAAA